GUCUUGAUCUCUUAUUUCUAAAGUGAAAAUUAACCCUCAAUGUAUUUUAAUUCUAAUUGGAGUUUUUAUAGUUUUUAUUUUAAGGUGAAAUUCAAGCAAGCAGAGUGUCACAGAUAAACACUGGAGUAACAGAAGUAUAUUUUGGAAAUUGCUAUUGGUUCAUAAAAUUAAUGGUAUUAAUUAGAUAUUUUCUUUAAAGUUUAUAAAGUUCAGAAAACUAAGCAUAUACUUAAUACUUUGUUACUCAACAGUCUUCAUAUCAAGGCAUGUUUAUCAUUUUCUGAACUGACCAUGAUAUAUUUUGGGGCAUCCCAUUGAUAAAAAUAUUUCCUGGAGGCCUUGUUAGUGGGAAGAUGAGGAAGUUGGACUUAUAAGAAGAAUAUAUGUGACUAGGAAAAUUAAAAUGGAGAAGAGCCGAUUUGUUGUUUCUUUGAGUUUAUGUAAGAUUCAAUCUCAUUCCUAGAAUCAGAGGUAAGUUAAGUGCCAAAAACUGUUCUCUACACAGGUUCCAAUAUGAUAUCAUGCCAGAGAACUGCCACCUAGCAGGUGGCAAGUUGAACUUAGAUAAACCUUUGCAAAUUCAGAAUUCCCACAGUAGCUUUCUGUCUCCCCGGCUGCACACUGUAGCACCCUUUCUUGUUGGAUUAGAACUUUGUGUGUUUUGAAAAAAUAUGAAACUUAACAUUUUCAGGAAUGAGAAUUCUUACAUGCCUUUUAUCCAGACUCACCAGUUGUUAACAUUUUGCCACAUCCAGCUUACCACUCUCUAUAUAUAGUAUUAUUAUUUUAUUUUUGCUCAACAACUUAGGAGUAGGUUGCAGACAUCUGGGACCUUUAACCCCUAUAUACGCUAGCUUGUAUUUCCUAAAAUCAGGCAUUCUCUUACAUGGUCAUAGUACAGAUGAUUAAAUUCAGGAAGUUUAACAGUGGUACAAUAGUAUUAUCUAAUAUACAGUCUAUAUUCAAAUUUUUCUAUUCAUCCCCAAAAUGUCACUUGUUGUGUUGUUUUUUUUUUUCCGAAAUACAAGAUCAUGCAUUGCCUUUGGUUGUCAUGUAAGUUUUGUUGCUUUGGAAUAUAUAUCACUUCUGUUCAGAGUUAGAGAGUUGGUUUUUUGACUCAUCACCUGCAAGCUCUUUUGAAGGAAAAAAAAAGGCUUUAGGGGUUUCAAGGUGGCUGCUUGCUAGAAAACCAAAUUGCCCAGGUAAGAGGAACUUUUUUUGUUUUAAUUUUGAAAAAUUUGGCUGGGUUCUGGUGUAUUGACUCAGCAAAAUCUAUAAUGCAGCAAGGCUUGGUAAGCAUUAAAGGGGGUACUGAAGCUUUCCUUUAUUUCAUAAUCCCGAUUGUUUUUCUAGAAACCAUCAAUAGCCUCUAAAUGACUGACUCAAUUUUUGGAUCCUAUUCUCAUGACUAAGCAAAUGUUUGAUUUGAAACCAGCCCAGUAUAAAUGUCUCUGUGCCUCUAACUCUCUGUAGCUAUUCCUGGAGUUCAGCACUGGGAAAACCAAUCUAUGCACUAAAAAUGUCUAAAACUGGAACCAAGGUAAGUAAAUGGUCAUGCUGAUUUCUAGCCUACCCACUUUCUUUUCACCUAAUGCUACACUGAAAGAAACAUGGAGAAAAACAGAAGCCUGGAGGUGAGUAUGAUCACGGUUAGAAGGCUAGGAUUAGAGAAAAUAUUAAGAAAUGCUUAUUGUAUUUCCCACUUUAAUAGAAUUACCAAAGAGUUUAUUAAGGGUUUAUCUUUAUGUGUGGUACUAUGUUGAAUAUUGUACAUGUAUGUAAUGUGUAAAUAUCAUCACAUUUCUGCCUUCCAGCAACUAAUCUUUGAACUUCCACAGGAAUAGGACAUGCACAUAAGAGGAUUAUGUGGAGUUAAAAACUUAGUAUUCAAUUAAAAAUUUGUCUUGUGAAAUCUAGCCUCAACCAUUAAUAUUCUAGAAGGCCAAAGUGGAUGGACCAGUCAAGUGAAUUAAAUCCUACAUACCCGCUUCGUUCGGCGGUUACGCUUAUCCCUGUCCCCAAAUGCAUUGCUUACUUGGGUUAGGAAAAUUGCCUCUGAAAUACUUGAUUCACUAUUGUUGGACUAGACACUGAUUCUCUUCGGGAAUGAGGGACUAUACCUUCAUUCUCUUUUUACUUCUUCCACUGACCAUAGCUCUAAAGCAAAGCCUUUGGUGCCUGAUAUUCCUCCCUAACGUUCUACUCUGAAAAUGUUCAAAACCAUUGAAUCUUAAAAGAAGAAAGGUGUUGAACGAAUACUCGUAUGUCAUUUACUUAUGUUCUCCAAUUGUUAACAUUUUGCCAUAUCUGGUUUCUCUCUGUCUCUCUUUUAACUAAAUCAUUAGAAAAUAAAUAGCAGACUUUGUUAUACUUUUGCCUGAAGUAUUUUAGGCAUGUAUAUCCUAAAAACAGGGGUAUUCCCUGUGUAAACAUAAUACCAUUAUGUCCCCCAAAUUUAUCAUAAGUGUAAUACCUAAUAUUCAGACUCUAUUCAGAUUUCCUUCAGUUGCUCCCCAAAAUGUGCUUCAUGGCUGGCUUUUCCCCUGCUGUGGAAUCCAGUCAAGGAUCACACAUUGCAUUUGGUUGUCAAGUUUCUUUGAACUUCUUUUUGUUUGUUUUAGCCUCUUUCAUAUAGAACAGUUCCCCUAUUUUUUGUUCUUGUUCUUUGAGACAUUGACAUUUUUCAAAGUCCAGACCAGGUGUCUUAUGGAAAGUCCCAAUAUCUGGAUUUGUCUAAUUGUUUUCCCAUGUUUAGAUUCAGACUAACCACUUUGGCAAGAAAUAUACGUAGGCAAUAUCAGGUACUUCUCAGUGUAUUUUUUCAGAAGGUAUCUCUUAACUUGUUCCGUAAUUGGUUAGUGCCUGAUUUUUCUUCCCAUUUGGAAAAGAGAACUAAUAGUCAUACUUGCAUCCAGAAGGUUUGGGGAGAAAAAUAAGACAGUGUUCUUUAGUGCUCUGAGGUUUUUGAAAAAUCCCAUGAAAUGCCAUGAAAAUCCCACUAAAGAGAAUCUGAAAUCCUUCGAGGGAUGUCCAUGUGCCUGGAGGGAAGACUCUUAGAGAACAUCCCCCACUUUUUAAAGAUUUCCAGACUAGGAAUAGUGUAAUCUCUUUUAUUUCUUGUAGCUGGGCUGUUCAUUUAGUUAAAAACUGUUGCUGCUAGGCCAAAGGAGAUAGUAAUUCAUCUCUUAUUCUUCCUCUUAUUGCUUCUCCCUUUCUCACUAUCUUGCUAGCAAUUUAAUCACAGGAGUUAUGGGCUUGGCAGAAGCAAUGCAUUUUACUAAGUUUGUUUUUGUUACCUCUGGAAUUCUCAAGACAUUUUUCUCUCUGCUGUAUUGGAUUAGUAGGCUAUUUUUGAAAACAUGAACUUGAAAAUUAGAGGAAUUUUGUAACAACUUCUAGGAAAGUCUCCUGCACAUUUCUUAGCCUUCUCUACAAAAAUUUUUGCCUGAGUCCCAACCUCUCAGCUGACUGUGAAGUAGAUUUCAUGGUCCUUCUACAAAUGGAAAUUGAGUAGAGCUGCAACAUUCUCUGGGUCCUGAGAUUUGGUCUCAGGUCUCCCACCACAAGAAGUGCUUGGCCCUGGAACUCAGUAGUGGUUCUGUGGCAACACUAGGGCUUUGUUUCUACUGUGGGAUGAUUGGCUGGUCUGCUGGAAAGGUGGACAGCAGGGAAGAAUCAUGUGUGUUUCCAUUUCUCAGAUACUGAAGUCAGUCAGGUAAAUGUGCAGAGGGUAGUAAGUGUGAGAAACAAUGAAGGAAGAAAGCUGAUAUUAAUUUCCCUUAGCGUAUCCCUUGCAAAGCCUCUUUUUUGCUGAAUAGUUGGCCAAAAAACAAAGGUAAAUUGACUUAAGGAGUUUAGAAUCUAUCCAUUCUUAGAGAAGUUACUUUGAUUUUCCUAACAAUUUUCCCACAGGUUUUGGGAAAAGCCUUAUCAGAUCCAGAACAGUCUUGUUCCAUUUCUAAGAGUAAAUGGUGUAUGUUGAACAGAGCUAGCUGUGCAGGCAGUAAGACAGCAGAGGGAGAUAAAGUAAAAUAGAAUGAACCACAGAUUACUAACCAGGAGUCUGCACUGCUGUCCACUGGUUUGCCUGCAUCCAGCUUGUAACUAGCUAGUGACCUUGGGCAAAUCAUUUAACUUCUUUAUCUGUAACAGCUGUAGCUUUUUGGCAAUCACGAGCCAACUAUUAAAAUUAUUUUAUCAACACUGUGCUGUUGGACCCUCAGAACAACCCUCUGCAGUGGACAUCGUUACCCAGAUUUAACUAGUGGUGCUGUAAUUUUGUUUUCUCAUCUGUAAACUGGGGUAUCACGUACCUGUAAAUCUGUGCUAUGCUAAAAUGGGAAGGGGAAUGGGAAGAGAUGAAUAUGGAAAGGGAAGAAAGGAGGUGAAGUAGGUGAUUUAGGGGUGGGCAGGGUAAGGAAGCUUUUCAGGAAAAGGAAAGAAGAGAGUUGAGAGAGACAGGAAGGGUAGGGAGGGAAAGAUUACAGCUGAAGGAAAGAACUAUUAGUAGGUUACUAUCUAGAAAGACUCACCUGGGGUAGAAAAGAAUGAGGUAUUAUUAUGCCUGGCUGCGAGUCAUUCCUAACUUUCUUCUGCUCCUUCAUUUCCUACAUCUAGUUAGUCUCCUCAUCCUCGUUUCUGUGACUGUUUCCUCAUUGUUCACAUCGCAGUUGCCUUUGGUUGGCCCUCGGCAUCUCUCACCUCGCCCAGAGCAACCAGCUAUUUCCAGGCUCAAACCACUGCCUUAUUUCCCACAUCACCCCCCGAGGGAUCCUGGCCUGGCUUCUGGGUCCCUGGGGCUUUAUUUCCUAACCCUUCACCGCAUACUCAACAUGCACCAGGCUUAAUGAACUGCUUGUCCCAUUGGCCGGGUCCUUUCACUCCUUUAUUCCUUCAUACAAGCUGUCCUUUUGUCUCUGCCUCUGGAAAACCCUUACCUACCCCUCGACCCUCACCUCAGAGAUCCUCUCCAGACUCUGACUACCUCUGCUGCUUUCAUCUGAAAUGGCUGACUUGGUUUUUCGCCUUUUAAACCGACUGAGCUAAUUAGCCACAGGGUGGCGGCAUCACACCAGGGACUUGACUGCUCGAAUGAAGGACGCCUGUGAUUGCAAUUCAAAUUCUAACCGAGCAUGGAUCUUGGCUGUGGAGUUCUAGGACAAGAAGGGACAAACUCUGUGGUCCGUUUGGUCUAGUGGUUUUCGGAAACACUGUCGUGAAGCCCUGAGAGUUCCUGGGAAUUCUGUCACCUGCUUCAGACAAAACUUAUUUUACAGCCAGACCUUUGAACCUAGUCCAGUCCUUUCAUUUGCCAAAUGGGAAGCUGGAGCCCAGAGAGAUGGCUUGUCUACAAGGUGGCUUGUAGUAGGGCUGGCUGGAGAGGGGCAGCUCUGGAGCCUAGCCUUAGUAUUUCCCAUUUCUCUGGCUUGCAGAGUUCCCAGUGCCGUCACAGACCUCACAGGUCUCACAGGUUUACCCCAAACAAAGACUGUGGUGAAACUUGGUAAGAGUUUGAAGCAAAGGACAUUCUUGCCUUGUCAUUUUGUUACUUUGCAACCUCUCUUGUUGGCAAUACAAUAAUAAUACAGAACAUAGUAUGCUAUAUUUUUUUUUAUGUCAGUAUGUUUUAUAACCAUCUAAAAUGAGCUCUAAAGCUAAGGUCAGUGUCUGCAUUUGGAACUCACUCAUCUUCGUCCAGCUCUUGUUGCGGGUUUGUCAAGCACUGGACACAGGGUUCCGUAGCCUAAACAACGCUUGGUUCUUGCCUUUGGAAGAAGUCUAGUAGGAGUUGGUGGGAGAGACAGAUACACAAGUGGAAAACUCAUUAUAUAAUGUGAUAAGCACAGUGAGGAGGAAGGCAUGACCUUGAGCCUGAAACUACUGGCUUACAGCAGAGCACUCUUCUACUUUUUUCAUUUUAAGCCUUCAGAAAGUACUCAUGCCUGUUGUGGACAACAAAAGUUGUCUCCCGAGGCACACGUUGUGAGGGAAGGGAGAACUGUGUAUUUUCUCCUCAGGAUUGAGGAGGAAAGAAUUUCUAAAGUGGAGAACGUGUUCUUAAUUUUCACUUUUCUAUAAAUAAAGCCACCCAGCCCCUCAGAUCUUCGCUUCGUCUGCCCUGUCCCUCAGAUUACUUUCUUUGAAGACAAAAACUUUCAAGGCCGCCACUAUGACAGCGAUUGCGACUGUGCAGAUUUCCACAUGUACCUGAGUCGCUGCAACUCCAUCAGGGUGGAAGGAGGCACCUGGGCUGUGUAUGAAAGGCCCAACUUUGCCGGGUACAUGUACAUCCUACCCCGGGGUGAGUACCCCGAGUACCAGCACUGGAUGGGCCUCAACGACCGCGUCAGCUCCUGCAGGGCUGUUCAUCUGUCUAGCGGAGGCCAGUAUAAGAUUCAGAUCUUUGAGAAAGGGGAUUUUAAUGGUCAGAUGUACGAAACCACUGAAGACUGCCCUUCCAUCAUGGAGCAAUUUCACAUGCGAGAGGUCCACUCCUGUAAGGUGCUGGACGGUGCCUGGAUUUUCUACGAGCUGCCCAACUACCGAGGCAGGCAGUACCUCCUGGACAAGAAGGAGUACCGGAAGCCCGUCGACUGGGGUGCGGCGUCCCCAGCUGUCCAGUCUUUCCGCCGCAUCGUGGAGUAAUGAUGUGGACUGGGCCAUGACCUUCUUCCUAGGGGCCAAAUGCUGGCUGGCCUGUUCGUCCAAAAAAGCAUCAUAAAUAAAACAAUUGGCAUGCAUUCCACUGUUUACUGUAACGCCUCUCCUUAAACACUUUUAGGGACCAGUAAAGUAGCACCCGCCACAGCGGGCAGUUACACGAAGCAGCUCAUCCUUCAGAUUACCCAUCUAUAUCUUUGUGCCAAACAAAAUGGGACUGCAUUAAAAGGUUAGAAAAUCA